AAGAACUGAGGAAGGAAGAAUGUGAUGAUUAAAAUUGAGAUCUGCAUAUUGAGGAAGGAAGAAGGAAGAAUAGGGAUCUGCAUGUAUUCUAAGAAAUUAAAAACUGAGAGUGGUUCAUUGGAUAAGAAAGAAGGUGAUGAUUGACGAAGGACAAACAAAUUAAAAAAAAAACAGCUACCUCUAUUUCACGGAAGUGGAUUUGAGUCUUGACAAACAUAAAACAUCAAUUCCUUAAGGGUUUUUGAGUUUUUUAUUUUUAUUUUUUAUUUUAGUUAUUAGAAAUUUUUAUUUUUAUUUUUAUUUAUAUGGAGUAAGACUCUACUUGCCACAUCACCAGCUCAAUCGGUGUAAAUGAUUUAUGUGUAUGAAAUUACCAAUAAGCCCAUGCCAUAUCAUCAAUUUUAAUAGAGUUUUGGGUGAAGUUGACGGCAGGGGGCAAAGUGGGUCACUAAACCUCGGUCAAGGUAUGAAAAUGGAUCAUUUUAAGUUUUGGAGAGUAAAGUGAGAUUUGACUAAAGUUUCAGGGAGCAUUAGUGUAAUUAAGCUAUAAUAUAUGCAGUUGACAUGAUGGGGGGCAUUGGUAUGUAGAUAGGUUCACUUAAUGGUGCCUUUCAAAAAUUUCUUCCUCACAAUUCUCACCCUCUCAGUCUCGGAGUUUGGCAGCCAUGGCGGCAAAGCUUAUGCAUGCGGUUCAGUACAAAAGCUAUGGUGGAGGACCUUCUGGUUUAAAGCAUGUUGAGAUUCCAAUCCCCUCUCUGAAGAAAGAUGAAGUUUUGCUGAAAACAGAAGCAGCUAGUCUGAAUCCAAGUGAUUUUAAAAUUCAGAAAGGCCUGGCGCGCCCUUUCUUACCACGCAAAUUGCCUCACACACCUGUUACUGAUGUAGCCGGAGAGAUAGUAGAGGUUGGACAAGGAGUCAAGAAGUUCAAAGUGGGAGACAAAGUUGUGGCAUUACUGAGCUAUGGUAAUGGAGGUGGACUGGCUGAGUUUGCUGUAGCUAAAGAGAAACUAGCAGUUGCUAGGCCUCCUGAAGUUUCGGCAGCUGAAGGUGCAGGCUUACCUAUGGCUGGUCUCACAGCUCACCAGGCUGUCACCAAGGAUGCAAGGAUCAAGCUUGAUGGAACUGGCCAGCUGAAGAACAUACUGAUUACUGGUGCCGCCGGUGGUGUUGGUCUCUAUGCAGUCCAACUAGCAAAGCUUGGAAACACUCAUGUUACCGCCACCUGUGGAGCUCGGAACAUUGAAUUGGUGAAGAGCUUAGGGGCAGAUGAGGUUCUUGACUACAAAACACCUGAAGGGGCAUCCCUGAAGAGCCCGUCAGGUCGAAAAUAUGAUGUUGUGAUCCACAGUGCAUCAUCAGCCAUUCCUUGGUCAGUCUUCGAGGCAAAUUUGAGUGCAAGAGGGAAGGUAAUAGACCUUACUAUUGGUGCAAGUAAUCUGUUUACUUUUGUUCUGAAGAAAAUCACUUUCUCCAAGAAGAAGCUGGUGCUACUGGCUAUAAGUGCCAAGGCUGAGAACCUGGAUUGUCUUGUUAAGUUGGCCAAGGAAGGAAAACUCAAGACAGUAAUUGACUCAAACUACCCUCUGAGCAAGGCUGAAGAUGCUUGGGCUAAAAGAAUCAAUACCCAAUGCACUGGGAAGAUCAUUGUGGAGCCUUGAGUAGACAAAAUUUCCUAGGAUUGUAAACUUCAUGAAACUUUUUGCAAUUGUAGUAAACCUCAUGUACAAAAGAAUAAAACCUCAUGUACAAAAGAAUAAGGUAUUUAAUAGUGUGUGGAUUUUUCUUUUUCUUUUUGGUUUUAUGCAUCAUUGGAUAUUGUAAAUGAGAAGGUUUGGAACUAAAUGUUCAUUUUCAACUGUUAGUAGUAUUUGACAGUAUUUCAGA